AUGAUGCAAAUAAAGGCACAAUUCUCGACAAUCAUUUUGGGGACGCUUUCGUUUGCAGGAUCGUCAUAUGUACUCUACCAUGUAGCUCGCUCGUUUUACCAGUACGGUUGUGAAGGUACCUUGAAUCUCAUUUGGCUUGGGGACCCUUUUCCGAACUCACCAAUUCUCGAAUACUCGAAGUUAGUGGUCGUGACGGAGUCAUCUCUCAAGAAAGAAGAAAAUCUUCUUGAUGAAAUUGAGAGUGCCCGACAACGGGCAGAGGCUGAAGUACUAGACGGAGGUGAUAAGAGCACCAAACGGAGCCUUUUACUUUUGUGGAUGAGAAAUUAUCCUGAAUUGGAAAAAGUCCUUGGCGAAAUUAGCCACAAACUUGACAAGAUUGCAGCUCGAGUAGACGGAAUCCUCCUUUCAAAUGUCGAUUCCAGCGCUCGCAAGGUGCAGGAGUUGAGAUCAAAGCGGAAAGAACUGUCGCGGAAAACAGUUGCGUGCAUGGGACGUUGUGACGCCUUGAUGACGCUGUUCAAGGUGCUGCGGGAUGAAAAGUGA